GUGCUUGAAUGUAAAUGCUCGUCGCUCCGUACCGGACUAGCGUGAAGUGGGCCUUUGCGUCCAGCCUUACACCCGAUCCCAAUGUUUAAUCAGGCCACACCACCUCCCAAUGCGCUUAAUGGGUGGGUGGGAGGGUCUUCGGCUGGUCCGCAAGUUUUAAGCCUUAGGUCCAGAGCGGCGGUCGAUGGCUUAGCCUUUCUUGGCACUGACGCGACUAGCUCCGCGCAGCCUUCCUUUGUUCCUGGAUGGGGCUUACGUGGUGUGGUCCCUCUUCGCACUGGCGGCCUCGGCCUUCCGGGGGGUCCGCUUUCCUUGGUUGGAUUGUCGGCUCCCUCUCUCGAGUCUCCACCUUUGGCGCCUUCUGAGUUCUUUCUUGGCCCUGGGGUUGUCACCGGCGCCGCCGCCGGAUCCGCUGGGCCCCCCGUUAGCCGGCCUUUCCCGCUGGGCGUUCCUGCCCAGGCACCUGCCCCCUUGGGUGUGGCUCGCGGUCGCCUAGACCAGGUUAUCGCUCGGCUCCGCCCUUCGCCCCUCAUUUCAGCCGCGGAUCAAGAAGCGUCUUACCAGCGGGGUCUGGCCGCGGCCAACCAGAUGCUCCUUGGUGCCCUAGCCUCUUCUACGGUGUCCCGCCAGGAUGGUGCCGUCACCGAGUUCCUGAGUUGGCUUUCCAGCCAUGGUCGUGGUCGGGACUGGUGGAAUUGUACGCCAGACGACGUGCUCGUCUAUAUGACGGUUUGGUGGCUGCCCCGGCAUCAGGGCCGAAGUGGCGGCCCCGUAGGGCCUGCCGCCGUUAAGUCCCACCUGUCCUGCCUGAGUGGUUUCUUCAGCCGUGUGGGCCGGGGUGGUCGAUUCGACGUCUCCACCGGCCAAGGCAACCCUUGCGAUUGCAUCUGGGUUGAGGAUUUCCGCGCGUCGUAU